AUGCCCCUAUGCAAAGCGCUGGUGGACUUCAGACCUCAACUCAGGUCCGGCGCAUACACACGUACUGGAGGAAUCGCACUAGAGCAUCGCGACGAGCAGGACAGGAUUGCGGAGAACUCGAGAGCACAGCUAAGGCAGCGGCCAAGCAGGUACCACGAUGCCAUCAAGCGGCAGAGAAAGAUGCACUGGAACGAGUUUCUUGCUGACAACAACAACAUAUGGAAGGCCGCGAAGUAUCUGAAGUCAGGAAACGAUAUGGCGUUCGGGAAGGUGCCACAGCUCGUAAGGGCUGACGGCACACGUACGGCCAAUAGCAUCGAACAGACUGAAGAAAUGCUGCCCACCUUCUUCCCUCCUCUACCGGAGGUCAUUGAAGACGGUGCUGGAGUCUGUUGUUGCAGAGAGGAUCUCACAUGCCGUCGAGACUAUGGACUGUUACCAACGAACCACUUUGGAGCCCGCAAGCAGCGGUCUGCCGAGCAAGCGUUAAUACUGCUGCAGGAACAAAUCUACGCAGACUGGCGAGGUCGACGGAUCCUCAGCUUGGUGAGCUUUAAAGUCAAAGGGGCCUACAACGGAAAGAACUACUCAGAUGGGUGGAAGCCUUUUGCUCGAACCGCACGGCGACUAUUCAAGUCAAUGGACAAACAUCGGAGGUGCAAAGUUUACCACAAGCUGGGCUGCCACAAGGUUCCCUACGGGUCUCCGAUCCUGUUCCUAUUCUUCAACGCAGACCUGGUGCAGCGGCGGAUAGACUGUUACGGUGGAGCUAUAGCCUCUAUCGACGAUUUUACGGCAUGGGCUACUGGCCCAACGGCGGAGAACAAUUGUGAUGAGAUUGAAGCGAUCAUCGAAACGGCGCUAGAUUGGGAACGAAGGAACGGUGCCACUUUCGAGGCGGACAAGACGGCAAUCCUACACUUCGCUCGGAAGUCGUAUAAGUCGGACGCAGAACCCUUCGCGGUCAAGGAUCGGCUGGUUCAACCGAAAACGCAGGUCAAGGUUCUGGUUCUCGGAGUAAUCAUGGAUGCCGGGCUGAAUACAAAGAACACAUCGCGAGGGCAGCGACUAUGGGCUUAG